UUUGGCCGGCGGCCGUUGGGUCAGUGCCUCAGUGGCCAGCUGACCACCGGGUCCCACCAAGUCGGCACUCCCAGCUGACCCAAAUGCCACAGGCCCGUGCGCCGCCGCCUCGCACCUGAGCAUGGCGGCCGCGCGGCAAGCGGCGGGCGCGUCCGGCAGCCUCCACCAGCACCCGGUGCAGCAUGCGCACCUCGCGGCGCUCCUCAACCCGACCCCGCGCACGCCGCCCCUCCCGCCCCCGCUCCGCCGGCGCCACCUCCCGCUCUCGCCCCAGGCCGCCUCCCGCCUCGCGGCCUCCUUCCCGCCGCUGCCGCUCCUCCUCGCGCUGCUCUCCGCGCUCCGCCUCCUCCCUUCCCCGCCGCCGCCGCGGCCCUUCGACGCGCUCAUCAGGGCCUACGCCUCCCUCCCCUCCCCGUCCCUCGCCGCCGCGGCGCUCGCGUUCGCCAGGUCGGCGGGCUACGCGCCCUCCCUCCCCGCCUACAACGCCGUGCUCCUCGCGCUCUCCGACGCCUCGCUCGCCUCCGCGCGGCGCUUCCUCGAGGGCUCCAUGCUCCGCGCCGGCGUGGCCCCCAACGUGUACACCUACAACAUCCUCGUCCGCGCGCUCUGCGCCCGCGGCCGCCGCGAGGAGGCGCUCGCGGCCGUCGUGGACGGCGACAUGCGCGCCGCGGGGUGCGCGCCCAACGCCGUCACCUACAACACGCUCGUCGCCGCGUUCUGCAGGGCCGGGGACGUGGGCGGCGCGGAGAGGCUCGUCGCCGCGAUGCGGGAGGCCGGGGUGAGGCCGAGCCUGGUGACCUUCAACACGGUGGUGAACGGGAUGUGCAAGGCGGGGAGGAUGGAGGACGCGCGCAAGGUGUUCGACGGAAUGGCGAGGGAGGGGUUGGCCCCCGAUGGGGUCAGUUAUAACACCUUGGUGAGUGGGUACUGCAAGGCAGGCUGCCUGCAUGAGGCGCUGACGGUGUUCUCAGAGAUGUCUCAGAAAGGGGUUGCACCAGAUGUUGUGACGUUUACGUCGCUUAUCCAUGCGAUGUGCAGGGCUGGGAACUUGGAGCGGGCAGUGGCCCUGGUGGGGCAGAUGAAGGAGAGGGGCCUCCGGAUGAAUGAGAUCGCUUUCACAGCACUGAUAGACGGGUUCUGCAAGAACGGGUUCUUGGAUGACGCAUUGCUCGCACUGAAGGAGAUGAGGGAAUGCAGGAUCAAGCCUUCAGUAGUGUGCUACAAUGCGCUUAUCAAUGGUUACUGCAAGUUAGGAAGAAUGGACGAAGCGAGGGAGUUGGUCGAUGAAAUGGAGGCUAAAGGAGUGAAGCCUGACGUCGUGACAUAUAGUACAAUUCUCAGUGGGUACUGUAAGAUUGGUGAUACAGAUUCUGCAUUUGAAUUGAACCGGAAAAUGCUGAAAAAAGGCGUGAUUCCAGAUGCAAUCACCUACUCAUCGCUCAUAAGGGGUCUUUGCGAGGAGAAAAGACUCAGUGAUGCAUGUGAACUCUUUGAGAAGAUGCUUCAACUUGGCCUACAGCCUGAUGAAUUUACUUAUACAAUACUGAUUGAUGGCCAUUGCAAGGAGUGGGAUGUUGAGAAAGCUCUUUCUCUGCACGAUGAGAUGAUAAAGAAAGGAGUUCUCCCUGAUGUUGUGACAUACAGUGUGCUUAUAGAUGGGCUUAGCAAGUCAGCACGUACAAAGGAAGCACAACGGUUACUCUUCAAGCUGUACUACGAAGACCCUGUUCCAGACAAUAUUAAAUAUGAGGCUCUGAUGCGUUGUUGCAGGAAAGCUGAGUUCAAGAGUGUGGUGGCUCUUCUUAAGGGAUUUUCCAUGAAAGGCUUGAUGAAUGAAGCCGACAAAGUUUACCAGUCAAUGUUGGACAGAGGUUGGAAGCUGGAUGGUUCAGUGUAUGCUGUACUCAUUCAUGGGCAUUGUCGGGGAGGAAAUGUUCUGAAGGCUCUCAACUUCCAUAAGAAAAUGCUGCAGUGUGGUUUUCCUCCUAAUUCAACAAGCACUAUUUCAUUGGUUAGGGGCCUAUUUGAAGAGGGGAUGACUGUUGAAGCAGAUACCGUGAUUCAGGAGUUGCUGAAUUGCUGUUCGCUAGCAGAUGCAGAAACAUCGAAGGCCCUUAUUGAUCUCAAUCGGAACGAAGGUAACGUGGACGCUGUGGUUGAUGUCCUCCGUGGCAUGACAAGGGAUGGGCUACUUCCAAGCUCAGGGUGAAUUGUGAUUGAAGAACAUAAGUGCUCAAGGGAGCUGCUUAUGUUCCACCAACACCAAGGCACUUGAGAGAAAACACGAACUGUGGAACAGGGAUAAUGAAAACUGGCAAUCAUGAGUCAUACAACACUGUCAAAUGGGGCGUUGAAGGUUUCUAAUACCAUUUUGUGUAAUCUCUACCGCUACCAAUGAAAAAGCUUUGCACAUGAUGUGCUCGCUGCUCAUGGGAAUGAGGAGCACGAAGAAAAAGGGAUAGUAACUGCUGGUUCAAGUAUGCAUGCAGUUUGAACCUAUCAGUUAGGGAUGCAAGCGGGAGCCUGCAUAAGCCCACAUGUAAGGCCUUGUUUGGUACUAGUGUAUUUUAGGGAAUUGGUGGGGAUUAUCCCAGUCAAACCCCUAAAUCCCCACAUAUCCCAAAACACCGUUUGGUUCUAGUGUAUUUGACAUGUUUCAUCCCCACAUUUCCCCACAAAUCCCCAAACUGUAGUGCAUUUUUCUCAAUACCCAAUACACUACCCCUACCUAGUGGAUUGGGGAUAAAUGGGGAUUUGAAGGGAUUGGGUGAAGGUUGGGGUUUCACCCAAUCCCUGUGGGGAUUAUCAGCAACAAUCCCCUCAAAAACCCUAGUACCAAACAAGGCCUAAGUGUAGUAAAAGUCAACCUAGUGUAUUUUUUUAGAUUAACAUAGAAUUGACUUUUGAUAUACUUGUAUGUGGGCUUCACGGCUUGCUUACAUCUUUACCUAUCAGGUAUGUAUGUAUGUGUUUGAAUACCAUUUAUUUCAGAAUUA